AUGAUCAUAGAUACUAAAGUAGAAAUAGAAGCAUUGACAAGGAUUAUUACAACGAUUCAACAAGAACAAGAACAAAACGGCAACGUCGACGCAUCUUUGGAACAAACCAAUGCUUUAAAACAAAGAGUUGAAGAUGUAUUCAAAGUAGUCCAUCAACAACAUCAACAACACCAACAAGACACUAAAAACAAGAACAACAAGAGAAUUAGGGCUAAUGAGCAAGAUACCUCUGCUCCCCCUCGUAUAGCAAAGAUUGUUUAUACAGAUUUCAAAUCAUUUAUUAAACCACCAGUUGCUGCAAAAAUUGUUUAUACACAAGAAGAAGGAUUAGAUCAUCCAUACGAAGACCCUGAUUCUGAUUAUGAAGAUGACAAGUCAAUCAGUUAUAAACCCUUUCGAUCGGUUGCCAAUGCAUUAAUUGCAGCCAAUUGUAAAGUUGCAAAAGCUAUUUUGGUCGUCAUAGAAGAUGGAGGAUAUUAUCUACCCGAUGAAAAUUCAGAGGAUGAGUCUCUUGACGAAGAUGAUUUUGAUUGUUGGACUAUAACCAGUCACAACACUAAAUACUGUCUACUAAGAGUACGUGAUUGGAAGACUGAUACACUACUCAUGGAUGGUCGAUACCGAAUUAAAAGUCAUGAAUUGAUACCAAACAAGAAAGAGUUGGAUUAUUAUGUUGAAGGUCUCAGUAAGAAAAAAAUUUUCAAAUUAAUGGCCAACAACCAAGACAAUAGUUACGAAAGAUACUAUCGAAAACCUGCUCUUGUCAUUUUAGAGAAAUCCAAUGUUGAAAAGCAAAAGGAAGAAGAGGAGGAAGAAGAAGAAGAGGAAGAAGUACAACCACCACAAACAUUGUUAACACCAGAACAAGCUUAUCAAGCAUUGGUGGUUAGACUACAUAAUAUUUUGGCAAUACCAAACAAUGAUCUCUUGGAAAGAGAUAACCAACUUUUGAAUGAAAUUUCAAAAUACUUGUCUGGUGUUGAUAAUGUAUUAUUAUAUGCAGUUGAAGAUAUAUUAUUCAAUUUACUACCAAGAUAUCAAGUUAUCUCUACCAAUGCUUUCUCUCCAAUCAUCCCAAAACUAUUUGUAAAUUUAUUUGAAACCCCAAAAACAAGAUUAAAAGAUUCACAAUCUUUAAUUGCUAAAAUCAUUGAAAUAUAUCCUUUAGAUGUUAUUUUAUUAAUACCAAGUAAAGCAUUUAUAAAUGAAGAAAAUAUUAGUAAAUCAUGUUUAUCAAUACAUAUAUUAUUUGAUAAGAUUAGGCAAUUUAGACAUGCAUUUGGAGGAUGGUUAAAAGUGGAUCAAGAAUUAAAAUUACAAACAUUGAUUACACAAUUCUUUUACCAACUAUUACCAUCGUUUUGUCCGUGUGAUGACGAAAGCUAUCUAUGCAGUCACUACCAAACGUUGGGAUCGAUUUUAUCCUUUCUCCGACAAUUUAUAUUUUCAAAUCCAGACAUGUUUGUUCCAAGCGUGUUGGAAUCGGUCAAAGAAUCGCUGGCCAAUGGUUUAGAGACCCGAAACAAGAUUAGAAUCCAGCUGUUAGCCAGCUUGUACAGGUUGUGGGAGAGUGGUGAUCAAUUCAUCGAGAAACCACUUCAAAUACUUUUGGAUCGAUAUUGGAAGAGAUCAGAUUCACGAACUGUUGCCGAUAAUGCAAUGACUCUGUUUCGAGAGAGUAUUCCAUUGGCACUGAUACAGUACUAUCGAGGUAAUGGUCAGUUUGGUAAAUUAUUGUCAUUGAAUGACUUGGCUCUCAAGGUGUACCAUCUUUUCGAAUGUAUAUUACGUACUAUUACAGCACCACCAGAGGCAGUGUUUGUAUUGUCCAAGGCAAGCCAGGAAAAGGUCGAUCACAUCCUACAGACUUGCAUCAACAUGUUUUCAUUUUGUCGACAACAAGGUAUACCGGAAUUGUCAAAUGCGCUGGUACGUGCAUUUCUAGCCUGCAAGUGGCUAUCCAACCAUCUCGUCUAUUCGGUGCCCUCCAUCUAUGUCGAUUUUUUUCACAAGUUGCGUACAGAGUUUUUUAACCCAAACCAACAACAACAACCUCUAUCAUCGCUGCCACUCGACGCACAACACUAUGCUAUGAACUUUAUAUACAAAUUAUCAGAUAUGUUGUCUCCGACUUUUAUGUUUCCCGAUGCCAAAUUAGAGUGUUCGGAAUGCGAGGGCAAACGACCAAACUGUCUGCGAUGGCAAUCGGCUGACGACUUUAUUGCCUUUCUCCGGUCGGAUGAACUCACAUUUGAGCUCAAAGCCAACCAAAAGAUACGAUCCCAUUACACACAAUAUGCAAGCAAGUUUGGACUCGACAUUCAAAUCAUCGCACCCACUGGCAGAUCGACAGUCUUCACCAACAAAUUCACAAAAACCACCCCAAUCAUUGUAAAUCAAAAAGAAAUUACUCAAGUCAUAGAACAAUUCAAACAAUUCCUUUCACCAGAAUUACAUUCACAAUUAAUUCUUUUUUCUUACUAA